AAAACAAUGAGGAGGCGUCCAUGCCAAGAAAUCCCCUCAUACUCAUUUCCUCUCUCUUCCAAGCUUCAACCUUCUCUCCACCCCACCCCCUAUAAAUACACACACACACUUCACGCACGUUUCAUAAACAUCCUGCAUACAACCAACUUCCAUUAUAAUCGUCUCUCUAGUUUCAGCGACUUUAAUUCAUUUCCAGCAGAUCGAUCAAGCCCACACAUCAUUCCUCCUGCUUAGUUUCCUCAAAGAAAUAUCCAACGGCGGGAAAUUAAUUAAAAAAGAUGAUAGGGGAACUAGUCACCGGGAGUUUAUCAUUGGUUCUUGGAUAUGCGUAUCCGGCCUUUCAGUGUUUCAAAACUGUGGAGAAGAACAGAGUUGAAAUUUCAGAACUCCGUUUUUGGUGUCAAUACUGGAUAAUUGUUGCGGUAAUAACAAUUCUUGAGAAAAUUGGUGAUGUAUUUAUUUCAUGGUUGCCAAUGUAUGGCGAGAUGAAGUUGGCCCUCUUUAUCUACUUAUGGUACCCAAAAACUAAGGGAACAGGGUACGUGUAUGAAACCCUGUUGCGGCCUUACGUAUCAAAACACGAGACGGACAUUGAUCAGAGUUUGAUAGAAUUUAGAGAAAGAGCGUGGAACUUGGCGGUUUAUUAUUGGCAUAACUGCACUGAGCUUGGUUCCACCAAAAUCCUCCAGUUUCUUCAGUUUGUGACUUCUCAAUCUGCAAGGGGUCUGGAAUCUACCUCCUCCCAGAAUGGGGCGGACAGUGGAGCACCUCCGUCUGUGCCGUCUAGCUCAUCUUUUGGAAUAUUCAAGAGGAACAACGACAAGCGGCGGCCGGCUUCUCCGCGAUCGGGGCCUUCCACGUCGCAUCGGAGCCAAACAGCAAAGUCGGAGGCCAUUAAAGUUGAGCUCGACAGCAAAACGCAAUUUAUCCGCCCUGAGGAUAUCCUUGUUCCUGGUUCGGAUAUCUGCGGUGGAUCAGAAGAAAAAUCAGGAGCUGACCGCGAGUUGCAUGCUGCUAGGCUCAGACUUCGACGCUUCAUAGAUGGAAACUAGGUGUGAAGAGAAAUGGGGAUGAAAAUCUGUUGUAAAAUAUAUAUAUGACAUGUACUCAAAUUUCAAAAUUUAUUCAUUUUUUAGUUAUUUCA